AUGGUUUCGCUUCUCAACGCUUUAUUAUCAUACAGAAACAUGGCUGCCAGAACAAAAUCGUCUACUACUGGUAAAACAGCGAGUCUUCAGAAAACUAAGCCGAAUGAAAAAAACAAUCGAAAUCAAGACUCAAAUAAUAAAUCGGAUAAUGCUUAUCCCAUGCAGACAUACGAUUUCAAUAAUUUCAAACAGAAUUUUCAUCAACUGUUUGAACUUGUAAGGAAAGAUGGUGUCGUUUUCGAAUGUGAUGCAGAAGCGCCUUCACCCUCAAAAGAUUAUGGCCAGUUGCAAAUUACCACGGAUAAGGUGAUUUUACGUUGGUGGAAAAUAACGUUACGAAAUAUUGAAGGUGCAAUGUAUCCUGGUGAAAUAAAAGAUUCUUAUGAAGAUUUUUAUCAUGAUGAAAUUGCACAAAGAGAAAUAUUGCGUAUAUUCGGUAAAGUAAUAUUAGACUACUGUUUAAAACUCGUCACAGGCCAAAUUGAUUGGAUCAACAGAAUACCAGAAGAAAUAAAAAUUCGUAUUCUAUCAUUUGUUAAUCUUGAAGAUAUACCACAAAUUUCACUUGUAUCAAAAUCAUUUCGUGUAUUAUGUCGUAACAAUGAUUUAUGGAAAGCAUUUUACAUUCGUUAUUAUGAUCAACAAAGCAUUUCGCGUAAUUUAAUCAGUUUAGCAGAAAAACGAGGUUGGAGACAUGUUUUUUUCACGAAUCGUCUUAAGUUACAAAUGCAAAUAAGACGAGAAUCACAACGUUUACCAAUGGCUAUUCAAGAUGAUACAACACAAUUAGAACGACGUCGAACAUCAACAAAUACUCGUAAACAAUCAUCGAAUAGUUUGAUGAAAUUGAAUGUUGAACAACAGCCAAGCCCUCCACCACCACGUGAUUACAUCAAUCCAUCUAUUCGACGUCAUUCAUUUACAAUAAAAAAAGAAGGAAAUAUUUCUCAACGGGACAGUUUCGAAGAAUCAAUAACAUCGCCAAGGUCAACUCGAUCUUCGCACUUUGCUGGUGCAGAUGAUGAUUAUUAUCGAAUGUCACCGAUGAGAAAUCAGACACCUUCGCCUACUCUCUCAACAAGAUCAAUGGCUGGAAGUGUGGCAUCGAGAGGAUCGCAAUUAGAACCAGUACAUCCGAAACAAGAGCGAACGAAACGAUAA